GCUGUUGACCCGCAAUUGCUCCUCUUCUUGAGCGAGCGACGAGAGCCCUCUGCAGAUCUGCGGAUCCUCUGGCCGGGCCUGCCAGACUUCUGUUACGAUUGUCCCGCGAUCAGGUCGUCGGUCGGAGGGGGUGGACCGAGGAAGCGCUUUAUAAUUAGAGAGCGGGGCGGGGCCGAAAUCGUCAGAGAGGCUGGGAGAUGUGCAGUCGUAGUGGGAGGGAGGGGAAGCAGCACAUCACGCCACAGGCUCAGGCACAGGCACAGGCCCGGCCCCGGCUCCGGCCCGACCGGGUACGGGUUUCUUUAAGGAGGAGCGCGACGGAGAAGCGGGGCCAGUGAAUCUGCGGGCUUCAGACCCUGUUCCGGCAAAGGAGGAGGAGGAGGAGGAGGAGAACGGACGAGACGAGAGAGGAGGUGGAGGAGGCGGAGGUGCGGAUCAUAGAAACAGGCCGAAUUCGCUGUGAGCUGGGCAUUCCUCUGGAUUUGUUGUAGGCCGGGACUCUGGUGUACUAGGGGAUUGGUGGCGAGGCAAGGCAGGCAUAGCAAGCAGGCAAGCGAAGCCAAGCCGAGCCCGGCCACGUCAAGGCGAGCGCUGCUCUGCCUGAGCUCUGCUGCCCUCUGCGCGAGGCCUGGCUCCGUUCCCGACAGCAGCAGCAGCAGCAGGUGUAGAGGAGGAAGGGAGAGACGAGCUCGAUCUCGGGUCCCGGCCGAACGAGCAAAUCCCGACAGCGUAGUCGUAUUACACGACCUUUGCCAAGAGCCUUCCCUCCGGUCUUGCCGCGAUCCGUGACGGAGCGAGUGAAAGUGCAGGAUCACAUUGAAGAGAAAACCUGUGCGCUCGUACUGUUGAGCACACCCCAGCUUCCGUCCGGCAUUCCCUCGGACAGUGAGAGGGAGGGAGGAAGGGAGGGAGUGAGUGAAAGAGAGUGAGAACGACAGACGGUGUGCGAGAGUGUGGCUUGUCCGCGUAUGGUAGCAUUUUCCACCCUUCGUGCAGUGCAUGCGUAUUUUGCGUGCGCUUUGUCCUGCACCUAUUUUUACCUCGCAGGUCGGGGGUGAGAAUUGAUCCACCUCUUUCGCUCGAUCUUGGUUACGGUUGCUCGUUUUGGCAGGUAGAUAGAUCUGUCUCCCACAGCUGAAUUUUCAGCCGGCGAGCGGCAGGGCAUUGCCUCGCGGAGUUUCGUCUAUAGUUCUCCAUUAUUUUGGUGUUGCGACUGUUCUGCCGCCUGCAUUGUUCGGAGCACGCACCGGGGAGGGAGAUCUAAGCUUUGCUCUUUACCAUCGAUAAUCACUUCCUCCCUCGUCGCGGUGUGUCUGAAAUCUCAACUCAGGUUGUGGGGUAGUUUUGCCAUACUUGGACGAGUAUUAUGGAUCUAUUCUUUCAGAUCAGAUCCUCGAGGUGGAUCGCGUAAUUGGUGCAUUUCGGACCAGGCAGCUCUCUUACUUCUGCACGAACUCAACAAAAAUUGGCCUUCACUGUCACGAAACACCGGGAACUCUAAUUUUUGUUCCAUCACACUCUCAUUUUUGUUCGUUUGCCUUCUGCCACUCCCGUCAUCACAAUCAGCUCUAGGGCAGAAAAAAUGACGGAGUCUACAGGUAUUCAUUUGGGAACGUUUGGGGCCUUGAGUCUGUCCGUGAUCUCGUCUGUGGCAAUUGUGAUCUGCAACAAGGCCCUCAUCAGUACUUUGGGGUUCUGCUUCGCAACAACUCUGACGAGCUGGCAUCUUCUAGUGACGUUUUGCUCUUUGCAUGUCGCGCAAUGGCUUAGUCUCUUUGAACAUAAGCCCUUUGACUCUCGCACAGUCAUGGGAUUUGGAAUCUUGAACGGGAUAUCCAUCGGUCUGCUGAAUUUGAGCUUAGGAUUCAACUCUGUCGGAUUCUAUCAGAUGACGAAGCUCGCCAUUAUCCCCUGCACAGUUCUGCUGGAAACGGUCUUCCUCCGGAAGCGAUUUAGCCGGGGUGUUCAAAUGUCUCUCAUGCUACUGCUGCUUGGGGUUGGCAUCGCUACGGUUACAGACCUUCAGCUUAACGUUCUGGGCUCCGUUCUCUCUUUAUUGGCCAUAGUGACAACGUGCGUAGCACAAAUCAUGACAAACACCAUCCAAAAGCGCUUCAAAGUUUCGUCUACGCAGCUUCUGUAUCAGUCAUGUCCCUACCAGGCAUCGACUCUAUUUUUGAUUGGUCCCUUUCUGGAUGGUGCUCUCACUCAGCAAAAUGUUUUCGCUUUUGACUAUACAGUGAAAGUGCUGUUUUUCAUCACGUUGUCGUGUCUCAUCUCCGUCUCCGUCAACUUCAGCACUUUCCUAGUCAUCGGCAAGACCUCUCCGGUGACUUACCAAGUUCUAGGCCACUUAAAGACGUGCCUUGUUCUUGCUUUCGGAUAUAUUUUGCUGAAGAACCCAUUCAGCUGGCGAAAUAUAUGUGGAAUUGCCGUUGCAGUUGUUGGUAUGGCAGCCUAUUCUUAUGCCUGUAUUAUCGAAAGUCAGCACAAGCCUGCUGAGACUGGCAACCAGUCUACUCAGAGUAUGAAAGAUCAGGAACUUGAUCCACUUUUGGCUGCUGAGGCUGGAGUCAACUCGAAGCUGACAGAAGAAAAUGACAGCCUCUGGAAUAAAGCAGCUGGAAAGGAAGACCCUGUGAAUGAGAAGUGAUUUCUCAAGUCUGCAAGGCCAAGUUCAUUGGGAACCCAUCUAUACACUGAGGUAGAACUGCUCGAAUAGAUGUGUGGUACGUUGCUUAUGAGCGCCAUACAUAGGUAUAAUCGAUCUUAUGUAGUGCAAUAUUUUUCAGAUCAAGCUCUUAAUCAGUAUGCAUGACUUCUGAUUGCGCAAAUGGCGUUAUAGGGUAUGCAGAGGAUCAUCUUCAAGAGGCAUGUUGAGAUCAUUUGUUAAAGUCAUUGUACACUAGAAAAUUAUGUAUAUGCUGGCCUCAAUGUUCUUCUGAAAAUUGCGGAGUCGAACUAUACGCUGGCAUUCAGCAAUAAAUGAGGUGGUUCGG